AUGGUGGACACGGAAAGCCCCCUUUGCCCCCUGUCCCCUCUGGAAACCGACCACCUGGAGAGCCCGCUGUCUGAGGAAUUCCUGCAGGAGAUGGGAAAUAUUCAGGAUCUCUCCCAGUCUAUCGGCGAGGAUAGCUCUGGCAGCUUCAGUUUCACGGAUUACCAGUACUUAGGAAGUGGGCCAGCGUCCGACGGGUCCGUGGUAACAGAUACUCUCUCCCCAGCGUCAAGCCCUUCGUCCGUUAACUGUCCUGUGGUUCCCAGCAGUGCUGAUGAGCUGUCCAGUGGGACAUUGAACAUCGAGUGCCGGAUCUGUGGGGACAAGGCCUCCGGCUACCACUACGGGGUACACGCGUGUGAAGGCUGCAAGGGCUUUUUCCGUCGGACCAUUCGGCUAAAGCUGGUAUAUGACAAAUGUGAUCGCAGCUGCAAGAUUCAGAAAAAGAAUCGAAAUAAGUGCCAGUAUUGUCGUUUUCACAAGUGCCUCUCGGUGGGGAUGUCUCAUAACGCAAUCCGUUUUGGACGAAUGCCAAGGUCCGAAAAGGCAAAAUUGAAAGCAGAGAUCCUUACAUGUGACCAUGACCUAGAAGAUUCUGAAACUGCAGAUCUCAAAUCUCUUGCCAAGAGAAUUUAUGAGGCCUACCUGAAGAACUUUAACAUGAACAAGGUGAAAGCCAGAGUCAUCCUCGCAGGAAAAGCCAGCAACAAUCCACCCUUCGUCAUCCACGAUAUGGAGACGCUGUGCAUGGCCGAGAAGACGCUGGUGGCCAAGCUGGUGGCCAAUGGCGGCAUCCAGAACAAGGAGGCCGAGGUCCGCAUCUUCCACUGCUGCCAGUGCACGUCGGUGGAGACCGUGACCGAGCUCACGGAGUUCGCCAAGUCCAUCCCGGGCUUCGCGAGCUUGGACUUGAACGACCAGGUGACCUUGCUCAAGUACGGCGUCUACGAGGCCAUCUUCGCCAUGCUGUCCUCGGUGAUGAACAAGGAUGGGAUGCUGGUCGCCUACGGGAACGGCUUUAUAACACGCGAGUUCCUCAAAAGCCUGCGCAAACCCUUCUGUGACAUCAUGGAGCCCAAGUUUGACUUUGCAAUGAAGUUCAACGCCCUGGAGCUGGACGACAGCGACAUUUCUCUCUUCGUGGCUGCUAUCAUUUGCUGUGGAGACCGGCCAGGCCUCCUGAACGUGGAGCACAUCGAGAAGAUGCAGGAGGGUAUCGUGCAUGUGCUCAAACUCCACCUGCAAAGCAACCAUCCGGAUGACAGCUUCCUCUUCCCAAAACUGCUCCAGAAGCUGGCGGACCUGCGGCAGCUGGUGACGGAGCACGCCCAGCUGGUGCAGGUCAUCAAAAGGACGGAGUCGGACGCCGCCCUGCACCCGCUGCUGCAGGAGAUCUACCGAGACAUGUACUGA